AUGCCAAUAUCAGCAACUAUACGAUUGAAGGAGUGUUCGGAAUCUCCUAUUAGUUGCAGCGUCUAUUCGAAAUGGAAGUUUUUGGACCCUGUGCGUAAUGAUUCUAUCAUUAUGGACAAAGUUUAUCAUGCCCAUUGUCAAGAAAAACACAGUAUGCCUCAUCUUAUACACAAUUCGACAUCUGAGGUGUUCUCCUCAUUUGGAUUCUGUUACCCUUACUCUGCUGAAGCCGGGUCUAAUGCUAUCUUUGAUAUUGAAAAUAGCCUUUACCGAGUGGUUUUCACUGAAUAUACGCUUCCAAGUUGUGCACUAGGUGAUUCAGGACCCAUGAAAGCAUCUUCAUCUAUUCCGGGUACAUUUGCACAUGUUUUCUCUCUACAAAGCGGAAGAUUACUUAAGACAAUUAAAUUACCUACUGAGGGCUCCGAAAAUUCUCCUGCUUGCCAUGGAAAAUUGUUUGGUUCUGGAGACCCUUCAGUGCCUUUUUCUGCCUGCAGAUUUUGUCAUUCAAACUCUAACAGGCUUGUUUAUCUCGCAGAAUAUAAGUCUAAUGAAGCAAAGGCGCUUCCUGAUAGUAGUAAUGUUCCUCCUUUGAAAUCCCCUUUUGUUUAUAAAGAAACCUGGGGUGAAGGUUUGAGCAACGUUAUCCGGCCUGUGAUUUGUACUUUGAACUUGGAAACAGAGGAGGUAGAGUGUGUCCAAAGCAGAUUGGAGAAAAUUGUACCUGAUUCAAAAAAUUGGUCUUUUGAUGAACCGCAUUACACACCCGAUGGCAAAGGUCUUAUUUUUGUUGCUUAUGACAACCAGCCUUACCGAGUGGGUUUGAUCUAUUGUUAUCAACGGGAAUCCCGCUUGAUCUACUGGGAUUUCGAAUCUUCGAGCAUUCAUUGCCUUAGUCGGAGCGGUCAUGCAGUGAGGUGGCCACGCUUUUCUCCAGAUAAUUCUAAGCUCAUUUGGUUUGAAAUGCCAGCCGGUGGACCGCAUGGACAAUGUUUCUCUAUGCUUUCUCAAGAUUGGCCACCUAAACACUCCGGACCUAAGGUUAUUAUCCCCUUAGUCGCAAAUCCGAAAACUAUACUAGACUUUCCAGGUAAGGUAGGUCUAUUUUUAUGUGGUGGGGUGCGUGAGAGAUGCUUUACUGCUGACAGUAAAGGAGUUAUUCUCUCAUCAAUUUGGCGUUCCGAAAUGGCUUUAAUUCACGUGAGCUUGGUUCCAUCCUCACUGGGGAAGAUUACUCGUUUCCCCUCCCCCUUGAAAUUUAUUGAAGAAAUUGAAGUGUGUGAUUAUGGAACUGUCUCCUUAAUGGAUAUUAAAGGUGAUUACAUGGUCGUGAUGGCUAGUGCUCCAUCUGUACCUGAUUUUCUCGCAAUUACAAAGGUGUCUCCAGAUGCUAUUGAGGCAACUUGUUGGCUCAAUCUUUCUGUGAGCGGCGAAAAUGCGCAGUCCAUACCUUUUUUACAGGGACUCUCUUGGAAGGUACUUCAACACACGGCCACUGAUGCCAAGGAUUUGCGUUUUGGAGUUUCGAAUUUCGAAUCUAUUCUCAUUCACCCUAAUAUGGGUUCCACUGAUUUGCAAUUUAACAGCUCUCUUGAAUUUGAUUGCAAGCAACUGAAAUGGGAUCGAGCAAGAGGAUUAAUCGUCAUACCACAUGGCGGACCGCAUUCUGCUUUCACAGCUGAAUGGUUACCACUUGUAAUCUCUUUUAUUGCCUCUGGUUUCGCCUGCCUUCUUGUUAACUACCGCGGUUCUACUGGUUAUGGAAAUUGUUCAAUCUACUCCCUCCCUGGAAAGUGUGGCGAAAAUGAUGUGUCAGACUGUGUUCAGGCUACUGAAGAUGCCCUCAAGUAUUUGAAAAUGCCUGAUCUUCCAUGUCUUAUUAGUGGAGGAUCACAUGGCGGUUUUCUGGUUCUACACUUAGCGGGUCGAUAUCCAUCCCUCUAUCGUGCCGUUAUUGCUCGGAACCCGGUGACAAACUUCGUGAGUAUGCUCAGUACAACAGACAUUCCUGAUUGGUGUUGGACUGAAGCUGGCCUCGAAUUGGAUGAGUCCAAAAUCGAUCCAGAACAUCCCGAACACCUCUGUCGUGAAUGGAACUACAAAUCCACAUUUUGCCCUACUGAUCCCGAUCACUUAAUUCGCUUGGCUAAAUGCUCACCUAUCACCUACAUCUCAAAUGAGUGGUCGGUCCCCGUUCUUAUGUGCGUUGGAGCAAAAGAUAAACGUGUUCCAAGCGAACAGGGCUUGACCUUCAUGCGUGCAUUGAAGGCCCAACUGGGUGAAAGGGCUAAUGAGAGGACGUGUCAGACAUUGUGCUUUCCUACAGAAGCACAUCCCAUUCAAUGUCCCGGUGCUGCCAAAGACUUCUUUGUUCGCGCUGUUGAGUGUCAAUUCUCCGACUUUCUCGAAAAUGAUGGAUUUGAUGGGGAUGAAGCUGACUUUCUGCCAUCAACUCGAGAUGGAGUAAUCUUUCUAAUCGACUGCACGACCACGAUGGUUAGUGAGAAAGUUCCCGAAGAUCAGGUGCGAGAAAAUGCUUACACGGGCGUCAAAUUGGCCCUCCUUUGCUGCCAAAAUUUCAUGCAGAAUAAGGCUCUUAGCAGCCCCGACGAUAUGGUCGGUUUGGUGUUCAUGAGAACGCGUACCUCAAAUUCAUCCGAGUUCCGCAGUAUAAAUGUAGUUCAGACUCUUGAUCAAACUGACGCUCCUAGAAUUCUGAAGGUGGAAGGCCUCCAAGAAAUGGAUCCAGAAAAAUUUGAAAUGGCUUAUGGGGGUCUUCCUGCUGGAGAGGGUUAUCCUGUUCAUGAGGCACUCUGGGCCUGCCAGAAUAUAUUCAACAAAACAAAGAAGGCUUUGGGUUACAAGCGCAUAUUUUUGAUUACAGACGACCCAGAUCCUGUUGACAACAAGGAUCAGCUGAGGCGACAAGCUAUAUUGAAGGCUAACGAUCUUCACCAGAGUGGAAUUGAUAUUGAAGUCAUCCCGAUUCAACAAGAGGGCAUAGAUUUUCAGAUGGAUAGAUUCUAUGAGUCUCUAAUUGUCACUGACUCGGAGAUUACUGAGCGUGUAAAUAGUAUUGACAAAUUAUUGACUUGGUUAUCGCACUACUCAUUGUAUCAUAUAACAUUUAGGGAGAAGUCUCAAGAGCCAAGUCGACGUCGUUUGGGCCGUUUGCCACUCUACUUGGUACCCAUGACACCCACUGCAUUGGGCAAACUGAGUCCUGAUGUUACCCCGACUCUUGCUUUCGGUGUCUCAGCCUAUUGCCUUGUUCGACGUGCUCCGUUUCCAAAAUCGGCUCGAAUGUACGCUAAAACUAAUGAACCAGUUGUCUCAAAGCGACGUUUCUACAAAGUUAAGGAAGGUGGGAAACCUGAUCUUGAUAGCAUGGUCAUGCCUCAAGAUAUUCAGAAAGGUCUUCGUAUUGGAAGUCGUACGCUUCGUUUCGAACGGAAUGAAACGUCUGGGCGGGUAAGACAAAUCAUCCCAGUUGGCAUUCAUUUGAUAGGUUUCAAGCCACUUGAUAAAUUAAAACCUUGGUGUCAAAUGAAGGCCCCUCAGUUUCUUUAUCCAGAAGAGACUAUGGCCAAAGGAAGCGCUUUGUGGUUCACCGCUCUCCUUUCCUCCUGUCUGAGGAAGAAAGUAUUCGGCGUUGCUCUCUAUGUGCAGCGUCAGAGUUUACCACCGCAUUUAGUUGCUCUUGUCCCUCAGGCUGAACAACUGGAUGAAACUGGUGGACAAGUAGUUAGUCCAGGAUUUCAAGUUAUAUAUCUCCCAUUCAGGGAAGAUUUUAGAAAGUUGGUGUUGCCUAAACAUCCUCCAGUAGCUGGUUCAGAAGAGGUGAACGCUGCGGUAGAAAUGAUAAAGAAGAUGUCGACAAAAUACUAUUCUGAUGCUAUCUCCAAUCCAACUCUUCAGAAAUACUAUGCUGAAUUAGAAGCUCUGGCUCUUGAACGCACGGAGGUGAAUGAAAUUGUUGAUCAUACACAACCUGAUGUGGAAAAAAUUCAAAAACAUGCUGGAAAGGAGAUUAGCAAUUUUAUCGACCUCAUAUCCCAAGCUGAUGGGGAUAAAUGUUUCGCGUCCCCUUCAAAGAAAGCUGCAACUUCCUUAGAUCUGAAGGAACUUCAAGACCACGUUAAAAGCGGCACACUGGCCAAAUUAACAGUACCUACACUGAAGCAGUGUGCCAUCAUGCUAAACGUAAAAUCAGCCUCAAAUAGAAAGGCUGAUCUUUUAGCGGCAAUCAUUGACUACUUUGACACAUAG